AAAAAUAUUUUUAAUUUUUCUUCCGAUAAUUUUAUUCGGCUGCCCCAAAUCAACUAAUUAUAUUUAAGUAUUUUUCUGCAAUACCCCUACAUUUAUCUCGUUUUCUUUGACUACAUUUUUUUAAUGCGAUAAUGUUUGAAGCCACGUUCCUCAUUGGUUUACUAUAAUUAGAGGUCCCAAUUCCUGACCACUUACGUUUGUUAUCUCAGUUGGCGACAUUUAUCUUGUCAUUUUGUGCCGGUUAGAGACCUUUGGAAGUUUGGAUAAUAUGUGCCACUCAGUUUCAAGCUUCGAUUAAUACGAUACGUUCGUGUCCGCGUUAAGAUAACAGUCUGCUAGAAAUAAUAUUAUUUUAAUAUUCAAGAAUAAGUUAAAGUGCUUUGAUACACCUUUGUGUGAAAUUGUUAAUACUGCAGUAUUAUCAAAUAUCGAUGAAUGGAGUGAAUUUUGAUUGUGCUUAGAAGGUAGUCUCCGCUGCGCUAGUGUCUGACAGUCAAUUUACAGAAUCGCUAUCUUCCUGAUCUAGAAUAGUCAAUUCGGUACGGCCCAUACAUUUCGAUAACCUCCCUGGUCAUGUACAUUGGUGGUGUUUAGUGAUAAAUACGUAAUUUAAUGUCAUAUUGACCGAGGACGCCUCAAUAGAUAAUCUUUUAUCUGACUAUUAAAUGAUGAGUGGUUGGGAGCGCGCGCACCGCCGGCCACAUCGCGAGUGCGCUCGCGCUAGUUCGAAGACGGCCCGCCGAGCGCAAACAUAUCCCAUUUGACACCAAAAACGUUUUGGGAUCGGAACACCCUUACAAUUGAUCCGACAAGUGACCGACACAAGUGGACACCUUGACACCUGUAACUAUACUGCCAAAUAAGUGUUAGUGAAUAAGUGACUCAAAUAAAAUGUGGAUAAUUUUAACAUAAAAAAUAAUAACCGAAUGUGAAAUGUGGUUGCAUAUACUGAAAAUACCGGGAAUUGGCAUCCGCACGCUGUAAGGAGACAGUGCCAAAAUGACGACGCAAACAAAGCAUGAGGUCACGGCGGUGGUGUGGUGUCCGCAUGGAAGCCCGGCGGACUGGUGAUCACGCGCUGCACACGCUGCGCGCGCAGUUCCGCCGCGCCCUGCCGGAAUGGACCGCGCGCGCCUCUCGCCGCCGCCGGACUGCGCGAACCAUCGGCCGCUCCAAGGAGGACCCCGCGAAACCCUCGAUACCGCAGCCCCGCCCGCGGAGGCCUUAAGCGAACCAGAGACUCCGCGGCCCGCGCCGCGCGCGCUUCCUUCCAUCCCCGAGAGCGAACCCUUGCUCCGCGAUCCACUCAGUGUCAGUGCUAUCAGUGAGAAUGUCUCGCGAAAACACAACGGGCGGCCGCUGCACGUGCAGUUCGACGCGCAGUCGCCGCCCGCGCCCGUGUCCGUGUCGGGCUCCAGCACCAGCUCCAGCUCCGACGACGAGGACGUGUCCAUCGCAGAGGCGCGCCCACCCGACGGCGGCUGGGGCUGGGUUGUCGUCUUUGCCUCCUUCAUGGUUAACCUUAUCGCCGACGGUAUUACAUUCAGCUUCGGCGUAUUCUUUCCGCACUUUUUGGAGUAUUUCGGCGAGAGUAAAGGAAAGACGGCCUGGAUCGCCGGCAUCUUCAUGGCGAUGCCGCUCUUGUCCGGGCCGAUCGCUAGCUUUCUCACGGACAGGUACGGCUGUCGAAGAGUGACGAUAUGCGGCUCGAUACUAGCUGCCAUAGGAUUCGUCAUAUCCGCUUUUGUAGACAAUAUGGAGACGUUGUUUUUGACAUUCGGCAUCAUGGCCGGAUUUGGAUUGAGCCUGUGUUACGUUGCGGCUGUAGUCAUAGUCGCGUAUUAUUUUGAAAAGAAACGUUCUUUAGCCACCGGAAUUUCGGUCUGCGGGAGUGGCAUCGGAACCUUCGUGUUUGCUCCUUUGACCUAUGUAUUAUUAGAUGAGUAUGGGUGGCGUGGAACUACGUUAAUAUUAGCUGGUUUGUUCCUAAAUAUGGCAGUGUGUGGACUUUUGUUCAGAGACUUGCCGUGGACGACUACGAUGAAUGAGGAAAGGGCUAAAGAGAGGAAAAGGAGACGAGAAAGGAAACGGAAUAAGCGUUUCGGUUCAUCAGCGGAUAGUUUUUCUGACAGUAAAAGUAGCGCUGCCGGCUCUACUAAAGUAAACGAAGCCGCCGAUAUUGAGGCGGUAACAUCACCAAUAGUACCCCAGUUCAGCUCUCUAGUAGACUUACCGACGUUCAUGACAGGCGGGGAGGGAGUGUCGCUCGAGGUGUUCGAGUUGAUGUCGAACAGGGGCCGGGCGUAUGCCAUCCUAGCGCAGAACUACCCCGGCGUCAUGCUCCCCUCGAGGAGCUUCAGUGACAGCGGAAGACUUCACGAGCAAUCUCCUCCUAGAGCUUUAAUGUCGCCGGGAACCGCUUCUCCGGGAGCGUUGUCCCCUUCAUCUAUACCACGAACGCAAGAGCCAAGCUCGGCGCCAAUAAACGAUAAAGCUGCGCUGUCGCUGUGGCUCCGCCGACAGACCUCGGGCUCCACGAAGAAACCACCAGCGUUCCUCAAAGACCUGAGAGUCCAUCGGCACUCGCUCACGUACAGGGGAGCGAUGCUCAACAUCAACAGAUACAGGCUCAGAGCGUCCUCCUGUCCCAACAUCUUCAGGAACUCUAUGACAACCAUUGCUAAAGAAAAGCUACAAUGGUACGCCGGUUUGUGGGACUUCUGGGACCUCGUCGUGGACGUGCUGGACUUCUCCCACUUCGCGAACCCUGCUUUCUUGGUGUUCGCCAUCUCCAACUUCCUGCUGUACAUGUGGUACGACGUGCCCUACGUGUACAUCGCCGACAACGGUAUGAGCAUGGGCUUCAACGAGUCCCAGGCCUCCAUGCUCAUCUCUAUCAUUGGAAUCCUCAACAUGUUUGGAGAGAUCCUGCUGGGCUGGGUGGGCGACUUCGCGUGGGUGAACGCGAGCAUGGUGUACGCGGGCUGCAUGGUGUUGUGCGGGCUGGUGACGCUGGUCAUGCCGCUGCUGCACUCGUACGGCGCGCUGGCCGCCGCCUCGGGCGCCUUCGGGGCCGCCAUCGCCGCCAACUACUCGCUCACCAGCAUCAUCCUGGUCGAGCAGAUCACGCUCGAGAAGUUCACCAACGCGUAUGGGCUGCUGCUGCUCAUGCAGGGCCUGGCUAACCUCAUAGGACCUCCCUUAGCCGGCUGGGUGUACGACGUGACGGGGUCGUACGACCUGUCGUUCUACCUGGCGGGAGUGUUCAUCGGCGUGUCGGGGCUGGUGCUGCUGCUGACGCCGCUGCUGGCGCGGCGCCGCGCGCUCGGCGACAAGCACGACGCGCAGCUCAAGCACAACGGGAAGCUGCUCGUCUAGGCGGACACGUGUCACUACUUCACUAACACACCGGCUUCUAACAGGCAGCUGUCUAUUAAACACAUUUCUGGUGGUAUAUUAGUAAACCAUCUUAAUGAUUAACGUUUGAUAGAACAAAUAACCGGGAGUAUAUGACAUUGUUUCCUUACUGUCAGAGAUGCUCGAAUUUCGAACCCCAAAGAGGUCCUAAUCGUGAGGUAAUUUUGUAGCACCCACUAUGUCUAUCGAAAAUUUGACAAGACUGUCUCCAACAUUUGCCCAGUGCUUAGACUAGGCGUGGCUUGACAGCAAUAUUAAAUUAAACUUUGAUAUAUACUUACCGUCGCUCGAAUAUUCGCGGAAUAACGUGUUCAUAAAGUACUCGGACGUCUACCAGCAAUCAUGGUAGUAAAAUAAUUAUUUAUUUUAACAUUUUCAUGCAUCGCAGUGAUGCGUCUACAGUCUUCAUUAAUUAUCUUAUUUGUUUUGUAAUGUCCUGUAUUCAAUUGAAAUAUAAUUUAGCGUAUCUCUUCUAUUGUAUGGUCCUUGGAUAUAUAUUUAAUUAAAUAAUGAUGCCAAACGUAUUAUAUUAAAUCUAAUUAAUACAUUUUAAUUUCGUGUGACAACUUAUUUAAAGAAUUCAUAUAAAAUCUUAAAGCAAUAAUGUACCCAGUUUUACUAUUAUGGUCAAUUUUUUCGCUAUUUAUAAGUAAAAGGCACUUGUCAUUCGCAACAAUAUUUUACAAUUGCAGGCUAUAUACUCUUUCAGAAUUUUGUCAUUGUCAUUUAAGGAGUUUGCUUAGCUUUUGUAACAAAUUACUUUUACAAUCAAAGCGAAAUUCAUCGGGUAGUUUUUAGUAAACGCAAAGUUGUUGAAACCGUGACGUACAAGAAAAUAUUAAUAGUUUAGAAAACCUGUCUUCUAAAGGUAAUUGAAACAAAUGCCUAAUAGGAAAAGCUGGAAUGAUAGUCCUUGAUGCGACAGUAAUAAUAUAAGAUUGUUUGAUUGCUAGAAAAUUGAAUCGAAUUUUAAAGUAAAGAAAAAUAUUGUAUGUAAAUUAAAAAGGAACAAAGUUGUGACUUUAGAAGCACUCGUAGGCUCUAAUUAAAAUUUUGAAUUAAUUAGAAGUAUUUUUAAGAACAUUUGAAAAUGUAAGAAUAAUUCAAUCAAAGGAUGCACUGUCAGAGAAUUAAUUAUUACCAGCUAUUCCAAUGUUAGCGUAAAUAUAACUUAUAUUCAAAGGCUUUUUAAAGGCGACUUUGACAGUGUAAACACCUAAUGACGUUCAAAACUUACUUUGAUGACGUUUAAUGCUUAAUCAUUACUCGCGUAAGAUUUAACAAAUUACUAACCCAGACUUACACAAUAUUGUGAAAUUAAAUAUUAGAAAUUUUAAAGAUGUAUCACCAAAGACUGCCCAUGUUCGGAAUAUUGUGAAUUAAAAACCUUCCUGUAGUUAUAUCAAGAUUAGAUUAGAGGCUGAACACUGACGUCCUUUGCCUAUAAACCUGUAUUUUCUUUUAAGUAGACAAUUAGCAAAGGAAGUUUGCUGUUCAGCCAAUAUUUAAAAGUUUUCAGUAGAGAUGUUCCGUUUGAUGCGACGCGACGUAGGUAAUUGUUUAAACAAUUACGUUUUCCUUAAGUAAAAAAAAACUGCCCUUAAUGUAAACUAAACGGCAAAGUAAAGUAAUUUACUUUAUAUUAGAGUCGCAUGAAUUUAUACUUUUUAUUACGAUACGGAUAUAUAUAAUCGAAUGAUUAUAGUAUGUAAGUUAUAAUUCGAGGAAAAAAUAAAACAAAUUACGUACCAAAAAAAUGUUAUCAUGUAGCUUUGUUUGAAUUUUCUGUAGUUUUAGGUGUUACAUUAGAUUUUAAUGCCUGCGACGCUAACAGUAAGCGACUGUAUCACUUAUAAACAAACCUUUUCAAUUUAUAACAUUUACAUAAUAUAACCCCGAUGGAAUCUCCCUUCCUUACGACGCAUUACACCAGAUGCCUUUAUAAGACUUUCUAACAUAUUAAUAUACCUAGUGCUAUUUCAUAAAAGACACAAAAUAAUAGUUUUAGUAUCCAUAACUAUUCUAUAUAUUGAUAUCCAUACCGUGCGUUGUAUCGAUACCAAACUCCUCGUUUCGAGACAUGUGAAGCUAAUCGAUUAGAUUUUGACGAUCGAUAAUUUGGUAUCGAUUCUCGAGACGAUAUGGAACACAUCUUUCGUGACUUCCACAGUAUUUUAAACCUUAUUCAAUAACAAGUUAUGCCAAUAUCAUGACAAAUGUUUUAAAUGCGAUUAUUAUAAAAUGUUAUUUGUGAUAUUGAUAGAAUUUAAUUUUAUAAGAAUUUAAUCCGAAUCGGUGAGCUCUUGCCAAAUUAAUAUGGGUGUGUAAUUUGUUCUUAAAGUAUGUUCUUGUUGUGUACUGUAGCAACUAAUAUGUAUGUAUAAUAUGUUGAUAAAUGAAUAUAUAUCAGGAAAUAUGUUUGUGGUCCCGUUUGCCGUAGGAAUUUAAUCAUUACUUACACAAAACUAAUCUCUCAAAAAGAAGUAAUCCAAGGGACUAAAUAAUAAGUAAAGUAGAAAUGUUAUUUUUAAACUUGACAAGAGAUAUUUCUCGAAAAAUAAUCUACCUCCUACGGUAAAUAUAAAUUCGUGUGUCUGUUACAAUAUGUAGUUAUAAUUACAUCAAGUAUAAUAAUGUUUCGUUUGCAACUGUCGGCCCCGGCAUGUAAGUGAUUGUACUAAACGGGUAUACAAACAAAUGUAUUAUGUAUAUAUCUGAUGCACUCUGUCGUGUGUACGUUAGUAAAAUUCUUUUUUGAAUUUAUUUUACCUUUGUUUUAUUUUGUUUGGAGACAGCAUGAACCUUCUUUAAUAUGUUUUUUAGUUGCUUGUUUAAAACAUAGACGAACACUCAAUUUACUUUAUCUAUCUUCUCAAUGUUUAGCAAGAGAAGUGAUUAAGUAUUAUUUCCUUUCAAAAACUAUGCUAUAUUUAUGAUUAUUUAUCACUACGGUUCUAUAUAUUUAUAUGAUACAUGAUACCUAUUUCUCGUGAUAGUCCUACUAGUUUCACUUGAAACUAUUCAGGCAAUCCCAAGUGAGUUAACAGUUAUGACAAAUUAUAAUAUUUAUGUUUAUAUUGACUAUUAUUAACUCUGUUAAGUAAAAAUAUAAUUUGUGUUGAUCGUGGCGUGUCGUUCUUGUAUCAAUAAUAUAAUGUCAACUAAAAUGUGAUAUAAAAUGACAACUUUUAACAAAAUCGUAGUAAUUAUAAGAGUGACUUAAUACUAAUUCGGACUUCGUAGCUGCUGAUUGAAAGUUACUUUCAGAUUAAAAGAAUAUAGAUAUUUACCUGUACAACUUAAAUAAUUAUAAGAAACGAGUCUACACCAUUAAAAUUACGUCUUUCUAAAACAUUUUGGAAAUAACACAACAUUUAACAUUAAAAUUACUCAUUGAAAGUUCUUCCAUAGUAUUUUUUGCACACUUUAGAAUCCAGCACAAAUUAGAAUUGAUACGGUUGUUAAUUAAAGACUUACUGCAAAAUCGUAUAAAUCAAGGUCUUAAUAUAGCAUUACACAAUUUGUAUUUUUAAAAUAUUUAAUAUCAUAAAAAUCAAUACAAAAAUUAAAUAGGUAACUUACCCUUGAAUACUUAUACUUGAAUUAAUAAGUCGCAUUUAAGAUUUUACAUAUUUACCUAAACAAAAUGUGAUUAUUAUAACAGUUUACACCAAAAAUAAGCAAUCAUUUACCCAAUAUUAGAUGGUAGUAAGUCAAAUUUAAAUAUUUAUGAAUGAUUACGUAGGCGAUGUUGAAUAAAUACCUCAGUAAAUAGCGUUGCAUUUAUCAGACGAGGUCUUUUUGAAUUGGCUAUUAAAACCCUUAUUAUUAAGAGAUUCGUACUUGUAUUAUUAUAAUAAAGACCAUUUUAGCUUGAA